GAUGCCCGGAAUCCCUUUCCUAAGACGGGGAAAGUACCCAAACCUUCCCCUGUGUUUGUCGGAGCAGCAGUCACCGAGUGCGGCGGUUGGCCAUCACUGAGAACCUGCGUCCGUUCCCGUCGUCUCGCGGGUUUUUUUUGGUUCUGAGCAAAGGGGCGUCGCAGCCGGGCCAGAAGGAUGGGAGCAGGAGCGAGCGCUGAGGAGAAGCACUCCCGAGAGCUGGAGAAGAAGCUGAAGGAGGAUGCAGACAUAGACGCCAGGACCGUCAAGCUGCUACUGCUAGGUGCCGGAGAGUCUGGGAAAAGCACCAUCGUCAAACAGAUGAAAAUUAUCCACAAAGAUGGUUACUCCCUUGAGGAGUGUAUGGAGUUCGUCGUCAUCAUCUACAGCAACACCCUCCAGUCCAUCAUGGCCGUCGUGAAGGCCAUGACUACACUCAACAUUAACUAUGGUCACCAGGAUCAGCAGGACGAUGCCAGGAAGCUCAUGCAUCUCGCCGACACCAUCGAGGAGGGCUCCAUGCCCAAGGAGAUGGCGGACAUCAUCAUUCGCCUGUGGAAUGACGCGGGCAUCCAGGCCAGCUUCGAUAGGGCCUCGGAGUACCAGCUCAACGACUCCGCUGGAUACUAUCUGAAUGACCUGGAGAGGCUGGUUCAGCCCGGCUACAUUCCCACGGAGCAGGACGUGCUGCGCUCCCGAGUGAAAACCACCGGUAUCAUUGAGACCACGUUCUCCCAUAAAGAUCUUCAUUUCAGAAUGUUCGAUGUGGGUGGUCAGCGGUCUGAGAGGAAGAAGUGGAUCCAUUGCUUCGAAGGUGUGACCUGUAUCAUCUUCAUCGCUGCUUUGAGUGCUUAUGACAUGGUGCUCGUGGAGGACGAUGAAGUGAACCGAAUGCACGAGAGUUUGCACUUGUUCAACAGUAUCUGCAACCAUCGCUACUUCGCGGCCACUUCACUCAUUCUCUUCCUCAACAAGAAAGAUGUCUUCAUUGAGAAGAUCAAGAAAGCUCACCUGAACAUGUGCUUCCCUGAAUAUGAUGGUCCCAACACGUACGAAGACGCCGGUCUCUACAUCAAAAUGCAGUUUCUGGAUCUCAACCUGCGUAAAGAUAUCAAAGAAAUCUACUCGCACAUGACCUGUGCAACAGACACAGAGAACGUCAAGUUUGUGUUCGAUGCCGUCACCGACAUCAUCAUCAAGGAGAACCUGAAAGACUGCGGCCUCUUCUAAGAGCCCACUUUCAAACCUCCAGCCCCGUCCCCUUCCUCAUUAUGCUCCCGAAUCUAAACGUUCAUCACUGGACAUCUAUUGAGGACCAAUGCGGACCAAGAUCAGAUCCCUUCUAUUUCCGCCAUUGGCAGUUGCAGCGUGCAUCCAUUUUUUUUUAUGUUUAUCUAAUAGCUUUGACACCAGACUUGAGGGGUCAAAAUACAGAGAGAGACAGCUUCAAAGUCAGAGGAUAUAGUGUGCAGAACACCUGUGUAAAUUGCCCUUUAGGUCUGAAAUACCAUAGGAAUACUUUAUUACAGUGACAUGCAAGAUUUAGGCAAGACCCCACAAAUUCUGCAUACAGUUAACUCAUUUUCCUCUCCCAACUAACAGGAAUAGACGUCAGGCAUCAUGCAUCCUCUUUGUACCCCAGUAACAGGCCCACGAGGCAAAGCCAGAUGGCACCACCACCUGCCAAUGCACUUGCAUCAUUCAUUAGGUUUUAGACAGUGAUUUAGCUGUAGAAAGUGAUUGUAUAUACAAAACGAACAUAUCAGGGAACAGUUUAAGCCACAGUGUAGACAAGUAAGAUUAGGAUCCAAGAUGAGUGUGUCCUGUCAGCUCCAAAAGUUGAACACAACCACCGACCAAUACGAUGAGAACCACGUUGCUGUUUGCGGUAGUGAACACUUGUUUGGUUUGUUACACCUCGGAAACCGGUUUACACUGGAUCAGGCCAUUCAGCAAAAUAAUAUUGUACAGAAAUGAGACCAGCAGUAAAACUGGAUUAAAGCUUCUCUAGAAGACUGUUACAUUUUUAACUAAUAAAAACGCAAGAUAGCAAUU